AUGAGACCCAUUGCCGAACCCCUCGCGGCGGCCGGAGUCCUCGGCGUCGGGGUCACCGGCGGCGAGGCACUCGGCGUCGGCCCCCUCGAUGAGCGGCGCCAGUGCCUCCCCACGGGGGCGCAGGCUGCCGGAGCGCGGGACGAGUUGCUUCCCAAGGUACUGCUGCAGCACCUUCUCCGACGGCGGGAGAGGAGGAGGAGCAUGACCUGGCCGCCAAGGACAAGGAGGACGGCGAGCGCAGAGAUGGGGGACGUUGCGAAGGACUUGACUGGCUGGGACCGCGGGAGGGGUUGCCAACCUCAUCGUCGGGCACCCGUUCGACACCAUCAAGGUCAAGCUCCAGAGCCAGCCUACCCCUGCUCCCGGACAGCUCCCCAAACGGUCGCGGCUGAAGGCCCAAGGGGCUUGUACAAGGGGAUGGGGGCACCUCUGGCCACCGUUGCGGCCUUCAAUGCUGUCUUGUUCAGUGUGAGGGGGCAGAUGGAGGCCCUUCUGAGGUCAGAGCCUGGUGCGCCACUGACUGUGAAGCAGCAGGUUGUUGCGGGCGCUGGUGCUGGAAUCGCAGUCUCCUUCUUGGCGUGUCCAACAGAACUGAUCAAGUGCAGGUUGCAAGCCCAGAGUUCCUUAGCCGAGGCAGCUGCCGCUUCUGGUGUGUCUCUUCCCAAAGGGCCGAUCGAUGUCGCGAAGCAUGUCGUCCGGGACGCCGGCGCCAAAGGUCUCUUCAAGGGCCUUGUUCCGACGAUGGGGCGGGAGGUCCCUGGCAAUGCAGUGAUGUUCGGCGUGUACGAAGCCACGAAGCAGUACCUGGCCGGCGGCCCGGACACGUCGAACCUCGGCAGGGGCUCCCAGAUCCUGGCAGGUGGCCUCGCAGGUGCCGCCUUCUGGCUGUCCGUGUACCCGACGGACGUGGUGAAGAGCGUGAUCCAGGUAGACGAUUACAAGAAGCCCAGGUACUCCGGGUCCCUCGACGCGCUGAGGAAGAUCGUGGCGGCCGAUGGGGUGAAGGGCCUGUACAAGGGGUUCGGACCCGCCAUGGCGCGCAGCGUUCCGGCCAAUGCCGCGACGUUCGUGGCCUACGAGAUCACGAGAUCGGCGCUUGGUUGA